CUGCGCCCAUAAACAUGUGGGUGAUUGCUUGUUUACAGUUGGCAUUUUGGUGCAUAUUAUGAUAUGGAAUAACGUAUACGGUUUUAUUUUAAUGUUAUUCAAUUUUUCCUAAAGCACUAACAAAUCCUGGUCAGAAUGGUUGCUAAGAAGAAAAAGAAGUUUGUUGCAGACAAAGUCCGGGCCAAGAAAGCUGAUGUUGCCAAGACAACCAACCCAUUUGAAGUAAAGAUCAAUCGCCAGAAACACCAUGUGUUGGGGCAGAAAAUCUCGAAACAUGACCGAGGAGCUCCAGGUAUAUCUCGCUCCAAGGCCAUCAAGAAGAGGAAAUCAACAUUACUUCAAGAAUACAAGGACAGAUUUAAGUCCAAUAAGUUUGUCGACAAAAGAUUUGGAGAAAAUGAUGCUAAGCUUAGCAUUGAUGAAAAAAUGCUCAAGCGUUUUGCUUUAGAAAGAGAGAGACAGUUUGAGAGAGGCAGGUACAGCCUGAAUGAUGAGGAGGAACUCACUCACUAUGGCCAGUCUUUGUCCGAGAUCGAGAAGUUCGAAGAUCCCGUUGUCAGUGACGACGAGGAUGAUGAAGACAAAGGAAAAAUAAAUGCAAAGCUUGUGUCUGAGGAACAUUUUGGAGGAUUCAUGAAGAGGAAGGAUGACGAAGAGGAGAACAAAACAUGGAAAGAAAGAAUGGAGGAAAUGAUUGCUAAAUCGAAAAAGGAGAAGUAUGAGCGACAGUCUGAAAGAGAGAAAACCUUGGAACUUACGGAAAAGCUGGAUGAAGAAUGGAAAGAUGUGAUGCAUCUGAUGUCAUCCAUGAAGCCUGGUCACAAGGACGUGGAUGAGAAGGCCAGGAAAGCAGAUGAAUAUGACAUCACAGUACGGGAGUUGAAGUAUGAGAUGAAGGGCAAGGCCACAGAUCGACUGAAAACACCUGAGGAACUUGCCAUUGAAGAAAAGGAAAAACUUGACAAGAUGGAGGCUGACAGACUUCUGCGGAUGAAAGGCAUAGUGGCGUCAUCUAGUACACAGAAGCAGACUCAUUUCUCAGCUGAUGAUCUUAAUGAUGGAUUUAUUCUUGAUGAAGCUGACAAGAAAAAGACAACUGUGAGGUUUGCGGAAGGAAAACUGAUUAAAGAGACUUCUGAUGAUGAUACAGACUCAAAUAAGGAUGUUACAGAUGACAAAGAGAGUGAUGAUGAUGAGGAAGAGGAGGUAGGUGAAGAUGAUGAUGACGACGAUGAUGCUGAUGAUGCUGGUGAUGACAGUUAUUCUGACAUUGCGUCAGACAGCAGCAGUGAUGAAGCUGAAGAAACAAAACCAAGUUUAAAAAAGACUGAUUCUGUUGCUGAGACGUCACAUGGAAAUGGACAGCUGAAGUCAGCUUUAAAAAAGACUCCAGAAACUGAAGAGGAAGCAAAGGCUAAAGAAGCUGUGAUAGAGGCUGCCAAAAAAGAAUUACCGUACAUAUUUCCAGCACCCAACACAUAUGAAGAUCUGUUGGAACUUUUGCAAGGACACACGACGACAGACAAGCUGACAAUAAUACAUCGGGUCCGGGCAUGUCACCAUCCCAGUCUGGCGGAAGGAAACAAACAAAAGUUAGAGAUAUUGCUACGACUGUUGGUGCAGUACUUUGGUGAUGAGUGUCUCCAGGAGCCUCUGGAGUUGUCCCUGCUGGACAAACUGACAGUCCAUCUGUACGAGCUGACCCAGCAGAUGCCGGCUGUGGCUGCGGAGGUCUUACAGAACCAGAUUCUCGACAGACAGGCCGAGUUCUCACAGCUUGCAGAAAGACGAGGCAGACGAGCAUUGGUUGUUGGACUCGAUACGCUAUUAUAUCUGAAGCUGGUGUCUGUUUUAUUUCCCACUUCUGAUUUCCGUCAUCCUGUUACUACACCUGCCAUGCUUCUCAUUGGUCAACUGCUGGCUCAAUGCCCAGUGAAGACCGAGCGGGAUGUAGCUAGUGGUCUGUUUCUCUGCAGUCUGUGUUUGCAGUAUGUGUGGUUAUCGAAGAGGUAUUUUCCAGAAGCUAUCAACUUCUUACAUGGUGUGUUGUUUCUCGCAGCAGAAAAGAAAGCAAACAAAAUUGAAAGAGUUGUGCCUCCAUUUAAGCCAGUCGGAACAGGUGUGAACUUGUUGUUGGUGACAUCUGAAGAAUCAAAGAACUGUGAAUUGAAGUUGUUUAAUGUGGCUGAAGUGUUUGACUCAGAUUUGACUGAAGAUGAACUGUCAACAGACAACUUCAGGGUUAAUGCAGUAAACAGUUGUGUCCACCUGCUACAGGAGUUUUCAACACUCUACGCUGACCUUCCUUCAUAUACAGAAAUAUUUCUUCCUGUGAUAGAAAUCUGUAAACAGUUACCAAAACAUCUCUAUCCACAAUCUCUGCAAAGUGCAUUAAGUAACCUCCUUUCACAGAUUGACAAAUCAAGCCAAAAGCCGAGGCAGUGCUUGGUAAUACAGAAGAAGAAACCUCAGCCUCUGAAAAUGUUUGAGCCUAAGUUUGAGGAAGUGUGGGAUGGAAAGAAGAAGAAAGGGGGAGGUAACCGGAAGUUCAACGAGAAGCAGCGUCUGGUUCACAAACACAAGAGAGAACUGAAGGGUGCGAUACGAGAGAUAAGGAAGGAUGCUCAGUUUCUCGCUCAUGAACAGCUCAAGGAGACUUUGACUAGAGAUGCUGAAAGGAAACGCCGAGUCAGAGAUCUCCAUUCAAGCCUGGCCAUGCAAGAGGGAGAUUACAAGAAGCUGAAAAAACUAAAGAGCUGACCAAAAUGUUAACAGAAAAGAAAUUAAAAUUUCAUAGUCAUUUUUAUUGAUGAACAUAACAAACAUUCUGUACAUAUGUUGUUUCUUAAAAAAGAAAAAAAGUUAUAAAUUAAACAAACUCAUUCAUUUGAGGCUAUGAUCACA